AUUCACCUUCCCACGUGCCUGAUCUUGUCUGAACAUCGAAAAUUUCGGAAUCGUGACUCAUAGGACAGCUAACCUUCCUUUCCUUUACUCAAAACUGGACGGCAAUUAGACGCUGUCUACAGCUACCCUUCUUUCUUCUUCAUUAUAAUGUCGAAUUCUGGGGCCGACGUCUUCAAAGUCUCUAUCCUCGGGAAGGAAUCCAUCUAUUGUGGUUUCCAUCUCGUCCCAUACAUUGUCCACACCGUCAUCAGCACUCUGCCGUCGUCGAAUUAUGUUCUUAUCACCGACACCAACGUUGCCAAGUGGCAUCUGGAUGUCUUCGAGGAGGAGUUUGACGCCCGAGCUUCCGCGGCAACACCCAACGGGUCCAAACCCAAUGGCGCGGCGCUUAACGGCGACGGGACGGCGAAACCUCAGAACUUUCGAUUCUUUACCUAUGUGAUCGCCCCUGGGGAGACGUCAAAGAGCAGGGAAGGCAAGGCCGACAUAGAGGAUUUUUUAUUGGCCAAUAGAUGCACCAGGGAUACUGUUAUUUUAGCUUUAGGCGGUGGAGUGAUUGGAGAUCUUGCUGGAUUCGUGGCUGCCACUUUUAUGCGUGGAGUUCGCUAUGUUCAGAUCCCUACGACGUUGCUAGCUAUGGUUGAUUCCAGUGUUGGCGGCAAGACCGCAAUUGAUACUCCCCUUGGCAAAAACUUGAUUGGAGCCUUUUGGCAACCUGAAUAUAUCUUCAUUGAUGCUGCGUUUUUGGAGACACUUCCCCCUAGAGAGUUCUCCAAUGGUAUGGCUGAAGUCGUCAAGACUGCGGCUAUUUGGGAUGCCGAUGAAUUCGCGUCGCUUGAAUCUCGGUCGACCGAAAUUUUCGCGGCCCUUCAGUCUUCUUCAGCAGCAACCCAUGCCGGUCGUACCAUGGCUACUCGUUCAGAUUCUCAGAAGCUUCUACUCUCCGUUAUAGUUGGUUCUAUAUCUGUCAAGGCACACAUCGUGACUAUCGAUCCUACGGAAACUGGCCUCAGGAAUUUAGUCAAUUUUGGGCAUACUAUCGGACAUGCCAUUGAGGCAGUACUUACUCCAACUAUUCUUCAUGGAGAGUGUGUUAGCGUCGGCAUGGUAUUGGAGGCCGAACUUUCGCGGCAGAUGGGGAUCCUAAGCCAAGUGGGCGUCGGGAGGCUAACGAGGUGUUUAAAGGCCUACAAUCUGCCAGUAUCGCUCAGUGACCCACGUAUUGGAAACCUUCCCGAAGCGAAAGGGCUGACAGUUGAAAGGCUGUUGGAUAUCAUGCGUGUCGACAAGAAGAAUAAGGGCGACGAGAAGAAGGUUGUCAUUUUGUCUCAUAUCGGGAGGACGUGGGAGGACAAGGCAACCGGUGUGAGGGAUGAGGUCAUCAGGAAAGUAUUAGCUGAGAAGGUUAUGGUUGUCCCAGGCAGGCCCCGCUAUGAUACUAUUAAAAUGUCGACUCCGGGUUCGAAGAGCAUAUCGAACAGGGCGCUCGUUCUGGCUGCGCUUGGGAGUGGAACCUGUAGACUGAAAAACUUGCUCCAUUCAGACGAUACGCAAGUCAUGAUGGCAGCCCUAAUGGACUUGCAGGGAGCUAAAUUCUCGUGGGAAGGCGGAGGGGAGACUCUUGUCGUUGGAGGCGGUUCUGGGACACUGUCUCUGCCUCCGAAAGGCAAGGAGAUCUACUUGGGCAAUGCUGGAACCGCGGCUCGCUUCCUCACCACCGUUUGCACUUUGGUCAGCAAACCAUCUUCUACGGAUGAUGCAUCUGCAACUGUCAUUACGGGCAAUGCCCGCAUGAAGCAGCGUCCCAUCGGUCCGUUGGUGUCCGCUCUCAAGACUAACGGUAGCGAGAUUGAGUGUCUCGAAACACCUGGCUGCCUACCUUUGUCCAUCCCCCCCAUUGGAUUGAAAGGAGGCGAUAUUUAUUUGGCCGCAAGCGUGUCCAGUCAAUACGUGUCCUCAAUCCUCUUAUGCGCCCCUUAUGCCGAGGAGAAGGUCAUUCUGCACCUUACUGGUGGGCAAGUAAUUUCACAGCCGUACAUUGACAUGACAGUUGCCAUGAUGAGGUCUUUUGGAAUUGACGUCACUAGACGGAGGGAUGAGGCAACGGGUUGUCUGUUGGACAUCUACGAUAUACCAAAGGGAGUCUAUAGAAAUCCUCCGGAGUACAGCAUUGAAUCUGAUGCCAGCUCUGCGACGUAUCCUCUAGCCAUUGCAGCUAUAACGGGGACGACUUGUACGAUCGAGAAUAUUGGAUCCAAGUCGCUGCAAGGUGACGCGCAGUUUGCCGUGAAUGUCUUGGAGAAGAUGGGAUGCGAGGUUGUGCAGACUGAUUUGGAGACUACGGUGAAGGGGCCUGCCGUUGGAGGGCUGAAGGCUCUUGGAGAGAUUGAUAUGGAAAUGAUGACUGAUGCCUUCUUAACGGCCUCGGUAUUGGCUGCCUGCGCUCCGGGUAAUACCAAAAUCAGAGGAAUUGCGAAUCAGCGGGUCAAGGAGUGCAAUCGUAUAAAGGCCAUGAUGGAUGAACUUGCGAAGUUCGGUGUUCCGACGAGCGAACUCGACGAUGGGUUGGAGAUUAUCGGAAAGCCUGUAUCAGAGCUUAGGACGGGCGCUAGCGUACACUGUUAUGAUGAUCACCGCAUCGCGAUGGCUUUCAGUGUCCUUGGUUGUGUCAUUAAAGGAACCGUGAUUGAGGAAAAACGUUGUGUCGAGAAGACCUGGCCGAACUGGUGGGAUGAUCUAGAGAACAAGAUCGGCUUAUCCGUCAAAGGUGUUGAAACAUCUACCCCUGCAGCCGCGAUCGCCUCAGCCAGUGGAACCACCGAUCACACAUCGUCCGCUUCCAUUAUCCUGAUCGGGAUGCGCGGUUCGGGAAAAAGUUUCGUUGGUGAUCUAGCGGCGUCGGUCCUAUCCUGGAAGUGCAUCGAUGCCGACCAUUAUUUUGAAGAGAAGCACAAUAUGGGCGUCCGCAAGUUCGUGCACGAUCAUGGCUGGCCGGCAUUCCGUCUAGAGGAGGGUGUGAUACUCAAGGAGUUGUUGGCUCAGAAUUCUGAGCGACAUGUCAUCAGUCUUGGUGGCGGCGUCGUUGAGUCUCCGCAGUGUCGGGAGAUGUUGAAGGACUAUGCAAAGUCGAAGGGUCCGGUGGUGCAUAUCAUGAGGCAGAUCGAAGAGGUUGUCAAAUACCUUGGAGUUGAAGGGGCUCGUCCUGCAUAUGGAGAGCCGAUUAUGGAGGUUUUCAAUCGCCGGGAGCCUUGGUUCAAGGAGUGCUGCAGCCAUCACUUUGUGAACAACGUUGGGUCGUUACUGGGAGAUGAUGUCUCGCCUAUGGCAAGGAAGCGAACUAGCGAUGAGGUCGCUCGAUUCUUUGGACAUAUCACUGGUAUCAAGCCUAACUUUUGUGCGAACUUGGCUCCAGGGAAGCGAUCCUACUUCCUCUGCCUUACAUACCCCGAUCUUACACCUGCGCUGUCACGCAUUGAGGACUUGACGGUGGGCGUCGACGCUUUGGAAUUGAGAGCUGAUUUACUUCGGUCUCCAUUGGACUUUGGAUCGAUUGGACAGUAUAUCCCUUCGGAGACUUAUGUCGCUGAGCAAAUCGCGGCGCUUCGUCGAUCGACAACUCUGCCUAUCUUGUUCACAGUCAGAACGCUGUCGCAGGGAGGUGCAUUCCCGGAUACGGCCGAGGACGAAAUAUUUGAGCUGUUGCAUUUGGCGUUACGCGUUGGCAUCGAGUAUGUGGACGUUGAAAUCUCCCUGGCGCAGAAGAGGAUCCAAGAAUUGAUUGCAAAGAAGGGUGCAUCGAAGAUUAUUGCCUCUUGGCAUGAUAUGAGCGGGACAAUGAAGUGGAAUGGUCCAGAGGUCAAGGAGAAGUACGAUUUGGCAAAGAAGUUGGGUGGUGAUAUCAUCAAGAUUGUUGGGCAGGCAGAAACACUGCAGGACAAUUUUGAUCUUUUCAACUUUGCUCAGCGGAUGAACAGCGUACCUAAUGCUAAGCCUUUCUUGGCUAUCAAUAUGGGCGCUAACGGGCAAAUUUCUCGCAUUCUGAACACUACUUUUACGCCGGUGACGCAUCCUCUUCUUCCCAGUAAGGCCGCUCCGGGACAGCUUUCGUUCGUGCAAAUACAAAAGGCACUUCAUCUGAUGGGUCAGAUGCGCGCUCGUCGUUUCUUCCUCUUCGGUUGUCCAAUUUCGCACUCCAUGUCCCCCACGCUUCACAACACCGCAUUUGAACUACUCGGAUUACCACAUGUGUACGGGCUGCUGGAAACGCCAGUGGUUGGCGAAGAGAUAAAGGCUACGCUUGCCGCACCGGACUUUGGUGGCGCUUCUGUGACAAUUCCGCACAAACUUGAUAUCAUACCCCUUCUUGACAAGCUUUCGCCUGCAGCCGAGUUGAUCGGUGCUGUAAACACGGUUGUUCCUAUUCGUGAAGGUCCGGAUACGGUCCUGUACGGCGAUAAUACGGAUUGGAUAGGGAUUCGAAGCUGCAUCAGUUCACACAUUGCAAUUGGUGGCAUACACUCUGCGCUGGUGAUUGGCGCGGGAGGUACAGCGCGAGCAGCUGUUUUCGCGCUCUCGUGCCUCGGAGCAAAACGGAUCUAUCUCUUUAACCGUACUCACAGCAAGGCCACAGCGUUGGCGCGAGUGUUCCCUGGUGUCGACAUCCAUGUACUGGAUAAACUCGGGCACUGGCCAGAAGGAAACGUACCGCCCAACGUGAUUGUGUCCACUGUUCCGGCUACUGAGACUACGACUGCACACGAACCCAGUCAUCUCAACUUGCCCGACAGAUUAUUUGACUUUAGAGAUGGGCCGGCGGUAGUCAUUGACAUGGCUUACAAGCCUAUCGAAACCCCUCUUUUACUACUCGCCAAAGCGACCGUCAAGAACUGGGCCGCCGUUCCUGGCGUGGAGGCAUUAUUGGAGCAAGGAUUCGGUCAGUUUGAAAUGUGGACGGGACGACGCUGCCCUAAAACUACUGUCUCUGCAAAGGUAUGGGAGGCAUACCUCCGACCGUAAGAAAAAGUAGUAGACGAAUCGUGAAAUUUAAUUUUCGGUAUGGGUCCAAAUGUAAAAGCGGAAGCGGGACAGGAACUAAACGGAAUCAUAUGAUGCCGGAAACGGACGGACACCGUGUUUGACAGGGCAUCCCGAAAAGGCAUAUCACUGACU